AUAAUCCGAUAUAUUGUAAAAUCCCAGAAUAUACACAUACAUCCAAACUACUUGUGGUGUAUUCUUAGCUAAUGAAUAGCAGUAUUUUGAAGAAAAAGAAAAAAUCAAUAUUUUCGAAAUGCAUUUGGAUGAAUUGAUAGAAGAGAUAGGGUCAUUUGGGAAAUUCCAGAUAUUAAUGAUGUUCAUGGUGAUGUCACCAAAGUUAGCUAUUGGAUAUAAUAUGAUGUUAAUGUCAUAUGGUGCCUACGUCACUGAUUGGUGGUGUGUAGAUGACGUCAAUUCUAAUUUUAGCAGGAAUAAUAUGACGUAUAAAUAUUGUUCUGCUGGUAAUUCAACAUGUUCAAGAGUUUAUGAUGGCUAUACAAGGACUGUGGCGACCGAGUGGGAUUUGGUAUGUGAACGAAAGUGGAUAACACCUAUCAUUACCUCUAUACAGAUGGCUGGGGUGUUAGUUGGUGCUAUAAUUGCUGGUCAAUCUGCCGAUACAUUUGGUCGUAAAAAGACAUUCUAUUUUACGUUACUACUCCAUUCCAUAUUUACAAUAGCUAUAAUAUUUGUCUCGUCAUGGCAGGCGUUUACUGUCAUGCGCUGUCUGAUUGGAAUAACUAUCGGGUCUUAUUUGGUGGUCAGCAUGUUUCCAGUCGAAUUUCUUGGAUACAAAUGGAGGCCUGCCUUGAUAGUAAUUCCAUUCUGGGCGACUGGUGUGUGUAUUUUAGCUCUAGUCACAUGGUUAUUGCACGACUGGGUAUAUGUUCAUAUAAUUGCUGGAGUUUGGACGAUGAUAUUUUUACUUGGUUGGUUUAUUGUACCAGAAAGUUUAAGGUGGUUGGCAGUUACUGGGCGGGUUGAACAGGCCGAACAUAUUAUAGAACGAGUAGCCAUGAUGAACGGCAGAACCAAGCCAGCUAAAACUAGAGAAAUGAUUUUGAAACUAAGCGAGGAAGAGGAAGAGCGGACGAAACGAGGACAAAAAUAUUCUUAUAUUAAUUUGUACAAAGGAUGGAAACUUGCUAGACAUACGAUAACACUACAGAUCGUUUGGUGGUCUUUAUCGGCUUCUUAUUAUGGCAUUGCUUUUGGUGUGGAUAAAUUUUCUGGGAAUUUUUAUUUGAAUCUGUUUCUGAUGAAUGUGCUAGAAUUUCCAUUCGUUGUACCUGUUUUAUGUGCUUUAAAUAGAUUAGGUCGACGAAGCGUAGCAGCAGCAAUGUUCGCAGGAGGUUCAUUGAGUUGCGUGGGAGUGAUCAUUGUCCAAAAUACAGUAUCUGGUGAUCACAAAGGAACUGUGAUUACAGUUUUAGCAUUGAUGAUAAAAAUUUUUGCAGGCGAAGCGUGGGCCUCGAUAAUUGCCAUAACAAAUGAAAGUUAUCCUACAGUUAUAAGAAAUUUAGGUUAUGGAGCUGCGAGUACUGCAGCCCGUGUUGGGGGAAUUGUUGCACCGUUUGUGUUUGCUUCGACUGAUAACGAGAUGAUACCGUUUAUUAUAGUUAUUAUUCUCCUGGCAAUAAGUGGUGUCCUGACCAGGUUUUAUCUACCAGAAACCUUGGGAUUAGCGCUAGAAGACAUUCUGCCUGGUUAUGACGACAAAGGGGAGAAACUCCUAGAUGAAAUCCCCAAUGAUCCCAAGGUUUCAGAUACAUUCAAACUGAACGAAUCAUCAAUCGAUAUGCAGUGAUUUAUACCUAUGGAAGUAUUGGUAUAUAAUUAAUUAUAA